CAGAAGCCAUGCAGUGACAACGCUGGGACUUGGUAGCCAUGUCUGAGCCCCACAGGGUCCAGUUUACCUCUCUGUCAGGUCCUCUAAAUACUGCCUUUUUGAAGAAAUCCCGGAAGGAAGAUAUUGGGGGAGCAGAGCAACAUCAAGAUCUAGAGCCUGCAGCAGCUGCUGUUCGCAUCACACUCACCCUCUUUGAACCAGACCACAAACGUUGCCCCGAGUUCUUCUACCCAGAGCUGGUGAAGAAUCUGCGAGGAAGGGUGAAAGGCCUUCCUGCUGGAGACAAGAAGAAAGACCUUUCAGAUCCUUUCAAUGAUGAAGAAAAGGAAAAACAUAAGGUGGAAGCCCUUGCCCGGAAAUUUGAAGAAAAAUACGGUGGAAAGAAGCGUCGAAAAGACCGGAUACAGGACUUGAUUGAUAUGGGGUAUGGUUAUGAUGAAUCCGAUUCCUUCAUUGAUAACUCGGAGGCGUAUGAUGAGCUGGUCCCUGCAUCUUUGACCACCAAGUAUGGAGGAUUCUAUAUCAACUCGGGGACCUUGCAGUUUCGCCAAGCUUCAGAAUCUGAGGAUGACUUCAUUAAAGAAAAGAAGAAGAAAUCCCCGAAGAAGCGGAAGUUGAAGGAAGGCAGUGAGAAGGUAAAGAAGAAGAAAAAAGAUGACACAUAUGACAAGGAGAAGAGGUCAAAAAAGUCCAAGUUUUCUAAAGCUGGUUUCACAGCGCUCAAUGCCAGUAAAGAGAAGAAGAAGAAGAAAUACUCUGGGGCACUAAGCGUGAAAGAGAUGUUAAAGAAAUUCCAGAAAGAGAAGGAGGCUCAGAAUAAGAGGGAGGAGGAGCACACGCCAGGAGCAGUCUCCUCAUCUGUGGAAGCCCCAGGCCUGCGGGAACUGGAGGCGGCACCUCCUGACCCCCUGCUCUCACUCUUUGGCUCUACCUCUGAAAGUGACCUGCUGCAGCAGGCAGCCACAGCCAUGGAUGUGCUGACUGAUUUGGACUUGGAGCAGCUGCUCAGUGAGUCUCCAGAAGGAAGUCCCUUCCGUGAUAUGGAUGAUGAGAGCGAUUCCCUUGGGGUGGGAUUGGACCCGGAGUUCAGGCAGCCCUCCUCCCUCCCCGAAGGCCUGCCUGCACCCCUGGAGAAGCGCAUUAAGGAGCUGGCUCAGGCUGCCCGGGCUGCUGAGGGAGAGAGCAGGCAGAGGUUCUUCACACAGGGCAUCAACGGCAUCCUGCUGGACAUAGAGGUGCAAACGCGGGAGCUGAGCAGCCAGGUCCGCUCGGGAGUGUACACCUAUCUUGCCUCUGUGAUGCCCUGCAGCAGGGAUACCCUGCUGAAACGGGCACGGAAACUUCAUCUCUAUGAGCAGGGUGGGCGUCUGCGGGAACCUCUCCAAAAGCUCAAGGAGGCCAUUGGCAGGUCGAUGCCAGCACAGAUGUCAAAGUACCAGGAUGAGUGCCAGGCACACACACAGGCCAAGGUGGCCAAGAUGCUGGAAGAGGAAAAAGAUAAGGAGCAGAGAGAACGAAUUUGUUCAGAUGAGGAAGAAGAUGAAGACAAAGGGGGCCGACGGAUAAUGGGGCCCCGGAAGAAAUUCCAGUGGAACGAUGAAAUCAGGGAGCUGCUCUGUCAGGUGGUGCGGAUGAAGCUGGAGGGCUAUGAACCAGAGAGGAACAAGGCCCAGUCCUGGGAGGACCACGUGAAGGCUUUUCUGGAUGCUGAGGUCAAGCCUCUCUGGCCCAGAGGCUGGAUGCAGGCCAGGACCCUAUUUAAAGAGAGUCGUCGUGGCCAUGGGCAUCUGACAUCCAUCUUGGCCAAGAAAAAGGUCACGACUUCAUCGAAAGUCAAGGUCAAGGACUCCUCAACGAAGCCUGAGAAGAAGGUUCCUGUCCCAUCAGGCCAACCUGGCAGCACUGCAGCCCUGCUAGAACUCCAGGGAGGAGGCCCGAGUGUGAGCGUGGCCAGCCAGGAGCUCCCCUCCCAGGCUUCGGGCAGCCUGGCCAACCCUAUCAGCCUGGACGACUCCCUUGAUGAAGACUUGCUCCGGACCUCAGCCUCCUCCCUGGAAGCUGUGUCUAAGGAGCUGGCCGUGUUGAAUAGCCAGGCUGGCAAGGGUCCUGAGUUCACACUGCCCACCCCUUUGAAAGUACCUGUGGACAAGGUGGCAGGUGUUGUAUGCACAGAGGAGAAAAGGACCUUUGUCAAGUCCAAUCCUUCUGGCCCACCACCCACAAGUUCACUGCAGUCGCCCCUUAACUUCCUGGCCGAACAGGCCCUGGCAUUGGGGCAGUCCACUCAGGAGAAAAAGGUAGAGAGCUCAGGCCACCAAGAGGUGUCCUGCCAAGCUCCCCCCAGCAAGAACUUGCCAGACACUAACCUCCCUAAAGCAAAGCACCACAGCAUGCCACGGCCACCCCAUGGUUCCAUGGCAGCAGUUCCCAGUCCCCCAGUGAAAGUCUUUCAUGCUGGCACCCAGCAGCAGAAGGGCAACUUCAUUCCCUCAGCUGUGUAUGCCAACAAGCUCCCGGGCCCAAAGGUGCCCUCACCACAGUCUCACCCCUCCUUCUUCCAGCUGGUGAAGACCAUUACCAAAGGCCAGAGUGCCCAUCCCACCCCAUCAGCCAGCUCUGGACCCACUCCAGUCCCUGGCAGCAAUGGUGGCACCUCUCACAAGGCCUCAGCCUCCUCGUCUGCCUCUCUGAGCCAUGCAGUAAAGCAGCACUCAGCUGUCUCAGCUGGGUCCUCAUCCUACAAGAACAGUCCCUUCGCUGGUGCCCUCUCCAGGCAUGCAGCUGCACCUGGCAGCUCUGCCUCCGGGGCAUUGCCAGCCUCUAGUUCUUCUGGGAACUUGCUGCCUGGUGGGCAGAACCCCUCCUCUGGACAGUCUGCCAGCCGACCAGUCCCCAGCUUAGUAGUGAAGAAGCCACCCAUCUCCCAGAAGUUGACCCUGGUGGCACCACCAGGUGGUCCAAAUGGAGAUUCGAGUGGGGGCACUCAGGGAGUGGCAAAGUUGCUGACCUCGUCGUUAAAGCCCUCAGCAGUCAGCAGUGUGACAUCGUCUACCUCGUUGCCGAAAGGAACCAGCGGGGCCGUUUUGCUGACUAGCACAUCUCCCUUGAACCUACUGUCUCCGUCCUACAAGGCUAACAGCUCCAAGCUGCCAGGGGCCAUGAACUCAAGUUCGCUGGGCAUCAUUGGCUCUGUCCCCUUUCCUGUCCACGUACUCUCUUUCCCUGCUGACUCGGCCACCAAGGCAGGCGUCUCUAAGGAUGCUGUCGUCACUGGCCCUGCCCCUGGGACCUUCCACCAUGGACUCAGCCACAGUCUUCUGGCUGGCUUGCACUCCAGCCCGCACCCUGCAGUGCCCCUCCCACACUCUGCCUUGUCCACCCAUGUCCCGCAGAGCCUGCCAGAUGCUUCUCAGCUUCACAGUAAAGGCCACACUGCGCCCCGGAAAUUGUGA